CUCACGUGGAAGUGUCUGACACAUUAUCAUUAAGGUUGUGGAUCGUCUAAUUAAAAUUAAUUGAUUAAUAAAGACAAGCUAGAUUAUUUUUCCUUAAAAAUUUUUCAUUCAAAUCUAUGAGAAUGUCUUCUCGAACAAAUUUACUUCGUCAGCUUUUGGAAAUAAAUAUUUUCCAGUUGGGAGAAUUUACUCUUAAAAGUGGAUUGCUUUCUCCUGUUUAUAUUGACUUACGGGGUAUAAUUGCUUACCCCAAUAUAGUGAAGCAAUUAGCCGAAGAAAUUCAUUCCAGGGAAAAAGAAGCCAGCUUAACCACCGAUGUUGUGUGUGGAGUUCCAUACACCGCGCUACCCAUUGCUUCCAUUUAUUCUGUUUUGUACCAAAUUCCUAUGGUAAUGAAACGUAAAGAAGCUAAAAGUUAUGGAACGAAGAAGAUGGUAGAAGGUAUAACGCAAAAAGGUGUAAGAUGUCUCAUAAUCGAAGAUAUUGUAACUAGUGGUUCUAGUGUCAUAGAAACUGCUGAAGUUUUGAGAAAAGAAGGUUUAAUAGUGACAGAUUGUAUUGUCAUUCUGGAUAGACAACAAGGAGCAGAAGAAAAUGUGACUAAAGCAGGAAUAAAACUGCAUUCCUUGUUUAAUAUUAAUGAAAUCUUUGCUACUUAUUGUUCGAUAAACAAAGUUGAACAACCAUUGAUUGAAAGUGUGACACGCUUCUUGAAAGAUAAUAGUUAUGUACCUAUUAAAAAUAAUCAGUCACUUCCUAAAUUGCUUUUUGAAGAAAGGGCAAAAAUCUGCAAUCAAUCAGUAGCUAAAGCACUUUUUGAAAUUAUAGCAUCAAAGAAAUCUAAUCUUUGUGUUGCUGUGGAUUCAUUAUAUGCUAAGACGCUUUUAGAUCUUGCUGAUCAGUUGGGUCCACAUAUUUGCAUGCUAAAAACACAUAUUGAUAUUCUUGAAGAUUUCUCGGAUGAUGUGCCUGUAAAAUUAAAAGAACUGGCUCAAAAACAUAAGUUUUUAAUCUUUGAAGACAGAAAGUUAGCUGAUAUAGGCAAUACAGUUCAGCACCAGUAUGGAAAUGGCAUUUACAAAAUAAAACAGUGGGCUGAUAUUGUCACUGUCCAUGGAAUACCUGGUAGUGGAAUAAUUGAGGCUCUAAAAUCUGCUUCCCAAAGUGAAAAGAGGUCAUGUGUCCUCAUUGCAGAAAUGAGCUCGAAAGGUACCUUAACAGAUGAAAGCUAUAUGAAAAAAAUUGCCGAAAUGGCAGAGAAUCAUCAAGACUAUGUUAUAGGCUUUAUAAGUCAACAUAAAGUGUCUGAAAAUCCAAAUUUUAUUCAGAUGAGUCCAGGUGUCAAUAUUGCAGUUUCUGGUGAUUCAUUAGGCCAGCAAUACAGAUCCCCUGAAGAUGCUGUGUCAGAUGGAGCUGAUGUAAUUAUUGUUGGCCGAGGAAUUUGUUCUGCAUCAGAUGUUAUUGCAGCAGCCACUGAGUACAAAAACAGAAGUUAUGUUGCUUAUAUAAAUAGAUGUUCCAAGUGUUAAUAAUUUUUAUUAUUAUAGAUGCUAGUGCCAUUCCAUAUUUUAAUCUAUUUUUAUGGAAACUCCUAUUUUUUAUACAUAGAAAUUUUUUAAUAUUUUUUUUUAUCCAUACAUAAUUAGAAGAUGUGGAUAUAAACAUUUGAAAAUGCUUUGUUCCUAUGCAAAUUCUAAAUCUUUGGUACCUAUGUAGCUCCGCAAAUCAUUUCAACUUUUUUAUUUUUUACGAUGCUUUAAGUUAAAUUCUUGUAAAUGUUUCAGAACAUUAAAUAUAUUUUUAUACUAGAUCUAGUUUAUUAGACCUAAAAAGUUAUUGUUAAUCUUUUUAGUUUUAGAAAAAGAAAUCUUUCUUAGAUGAAUAUAGAAAUAAUCUAUAUGUUUAAUGUAUGUAAAUACAUAUAUAUAUAUAUAAAUUAAAGGAAAUAUAUAUAUUGCUUUCAAAUUAAGUUGCUAUAAGCUUUGAUUGAUGUCUAGAUAAAAAUACAAUAAUUGUAUGGAAGCAAAUCGAACUAUUUAAUUGGUGCCUUAUGAAAGUGUUAACUUAUUUAAAGUUCUACAAUGUAACUUUGCUGUGUGUCAAUCUAUUAAUGAAAUUUAUAUUUAUUUACAUAUGCAUAAAAUUCUUGUUGCAUAUUACAUUGAAUACCAAGCUGAAGAUUUUUCACGAUUAUGGUAAUAUUGACUUCUUUUGUCCACCAGGAUGGCGAAAUUUUAAUGCAUUUUUUGAUGGUGUUGUGAUUUUGUGAAUAUACCAUAAGCUUAUAUCUAACUGAUAUAAUUCCUUAACUACCUCAAUUGUUGUUUUGAAGAUUUUCUUCAUUAAUGAUUUUUAUUUAAUAAUUGUCAAUAAAAUAUAACAAUUUUAAGAAGCAAAGGUUUUAAAAAAUAUAAUUCUAAGAUAUUGUA